GCUGAGCACAGCCGUGGCACAGCCCACUCUCGCGAAGGACAUCAAGAGUCGUCACACACGUCGCUUCGGCAUCAUACAGGACGUGCCAGCCGGCGUCCGCGUCACCGCUGCGCACGAAGCUGCCACGCGCUCUCUGUCAGCCUGUGCUCACUCUCAACCCAGACGCCGCCGCCGCGAUAAUAUGGCAGCUCGCCGCGUCCUCAGCCUGCGCGGCGCGGACACGAGCAAGCUCCUGCAGAGCCUCUGCACGAACAACGUGGCGACCUGGCUCGAGGGAAGUGCGCCCGCGCUCGCCGCGGCGUUCCUGACCACGAAGGGGCGCGUCCUCGCGGACGCGUGCUUCUGGCGCCACGACGACGCGGUGUUAAUUGAUUGCGCCGCCGCGGCCGCACCAAAACUCCUGAGGCACCUCAAGAUGUACAAGUUGAGAGCAGACGUGAAAAUAAGGGACGAGGCGGACUUAGACGUCGUCACGGCGACGAGCACGCUCCAAAACUGCGUUGUUAGUGGAUCCGACCCGCGGACGGAAUUGUUAGGGAGUCGCGGUAUUGUCGAGAAAGGUACUGAGGGCGAGGCGCCGGGCUUGUAUUUGAGGAGGCGCCUCGCGUUGGGCGUCGCGGAGGGCGAGGAAUUGGAGGGUGCCGUGCCGCUCGUCGCGAACCUCGACGCGUUGAAUGCGAUCGCCUUCGACAAGGGCUGCUACCUGGGCCAGGAGCUCACGGCAAGGGCCAAGUUCCGGGGCCAGGUGCGGCGACGGUUCAUGCCCGUCGCGCUGCACGAGACCGACGUAACGCAUUCGGCGGCGCGCGCCGAGCCGCCGGCGGACCCCGUGCCCUUCGCGCCCCUAUCUGUUGAUGUACCUACGGUCGGCGCCAAGCUCGUCUCAAAUGGCAAGGACGUCGGCAAGCUGGUGGCGGUCUCGCCGGAGUCGACGGCGGCCGUCGCGGACGUGAAGCUGGACUUCGCGCUGUCCGGCGAGGUGCUGGACGUUAGGGUGGAGGGGAGCGACGUGCGCGCGGCGCCGUACGUGCCUCCCUGGUGGCCCGAAGAUGAGUCUGAGUCAUAAUUUGUUAGUUUAGUU